AUGGCUUCAUCCGCUUCGGCCUAUACACAGGCAUCCACCGCGUCUCGCAACAGCGCAUCAGCCGAUCAACGCUACUCGGCCUACCGCUCCUUCCUGCCAACCGCAGAUUCCACCAACAGCUUCGACAGCCCCUUCUCGUCUCGCUUCGAGCGCGCCGCCUCGUCCGACCAGCCUUUCAUGACUUCGCAACUCUCGUCGUCAUCCGCCCAGCUGGAUGCGUCCUACGCGGACAAUGACGAAGAGUACGACAUGCAACCCGAAGAGCACGUCGUGGCGCUGCACGAUUUCAAUUCCAACAAUGCCACCUGCCUCUCGUUUCAGGCGGGUCAGGUCAUCAAAGUCUACAACCGCGAUCCGUCAGGAUGGUGGGACGGCGAGCUCGACGGCCAGCGCGGAUGGUUCCCCAGCAACUACGUCGAUCAGGAGGCAGUCUACGUCUCGGACGAUGCCCAGAAUGACAGCUACUCGUACGACGACAGCCAUCAACUUCGCAACUCGACUACCAGCCAGACCUCUUCCGACUUUGACCAUGCUGCCGGCUACCGUACCGCAGCACAAGUCGCAUCCAACAACGACCGCUUCUUCUCGGCCAACUCGACGCGCUCUCCCACACCUACUUCUUCUGCUCUUUUCGACGGCGGCGAUGGCGGAGUCCUCGAUCCCAUACUCCAUGCUAUUUCUCUGCUCCGCAACGCAGUCCGCGCCAAUCGCGUCGCCCAUUUCCAGCCGUCCACAGCAUGCGUCAUCUCCUCCGUCCGCUCCGUGCUCUCGGCUACAGACUGCCUCACACGCGAGUCGGCCGUGCUCAAAGCGAAUCCGCAUCUCGCCCGCGAGCGCAAAGCCAUCCUCUCGGAGCUCAGCAAGCUUGUAGCACAAGCACGUAGGGCUUCGGCUCCCAUGAUUGACGAGACGCUUAGGCCGGCAGAGAUGGACGCCAUGCUCACCCUGGCAGAGUCUGUCCUUGCAAACGUGCGCACCUUCAUCUCGGUCGCGCUCGAGUGCGGUGUCGAUGUUCCCGACCGUCGUUCGUCCGUAUAUGACGACUUGUACGCGAAAGGCGGCACGUCUCACUCGGACGGCCGUCAUCGGUCCAACGUCUCGCAGCAGGAGCUCGACAAGACCCCUACUCCAGGCCACACGCAGAUUCGAGAUUCGGGCGCCAGGAGCCACGCAUCGUAUGCAUCAGCCCGCCACCUGCAGUAUGACGACCAACGCAACAGCACCUCGAACCAAGCCGACUUGCGUCGUUCUUACGCACAGCGCCGUCACCCUUCAGAUGGCUCCGUCGAAUCCUCUGAUGGUGGAGCGCAGGCCAUCGCACAAGCACGCUCCUUGACACAGCGCCAACUCGACGGCGGAGGACGCGCCGGGACCGUUGCUGCCGCCGUCGCUCAGCACAUGGUCAUGUCACGCACGCGUUCCGACUCGAGCUCCGAAUCGCCAGAAUCCGCUUCAGGUCACGACACGACAUCGCAGCACGGCUCCUCCAACUCAGCUGGCGAGGAAGAGGGCCCUCCCAGUCCGGUCGAGCGCACCGCAUACGAGGUCAUGCAACGUCUCAGCGUCACCAACGAUCAGCUCCUCUCCAUCAUCGCCGCCUUUAUCGGCCAUGUCCACACCCACACGUCCGAAAGCCAUGCUUCCAGCUACGCCUACCUCAUCGACAUGACGCGCGAGGCCGUCGUCGGCGUCCGCAACCUCUUGCUCGUUGUCGAAGCCGUUAACAACAACGCCGUCCUUCAGCAGCUCCGGCCGCGCGAGACCUCGAUCUUGUGGGAGACACGCGAGAAUCUCUACGAAGCAACCACCCAACUCGUCACGGCAGCGCGUGUCGUCACUUCAGCUCCCUCUGCCUCCAUCACAGCCGGUUCGGUGGCCGAGGCCGAAGACAAGUCCCGUUUACUGCAAGCGGCGACGAGCGUACUGCGGACCGGUGGCGAAUGUGUGGGAGCUGUGCGACUCUGCAUCGACCGUCUCGAUCCCACUUUCACCAUCGGCCUGCCGGAGCCGUCCAGACCUCGUCACGCGCACUCCGGUCGGCAAAGCGCAAUGGUACGCAACCAGGAAGAUGAGCAACGAGAGGAUCUCGACGACAGUGCCGAUGCCCCAGCUCCUGCGCGCGAAGUUCGCAGGAAGAACACGCUCUCCUUUCUCGGUCGCAAAGCGACGAGCCUGUCCCUGCUCAAACAGAACUACGAGCGUGAUGACAACCGCGAUGUAUUUGACGACAUCGAGGAGGAUGAGCAGGAUGAGCAAGAUACGGGCUACGUGCGGAAGGGCUCGCGACCACCCACCGUCGCCAUGGACAGGUCUUCCUCUCUGCAGACCUCGGCCGGCGAUCACGCAGACCGCGACGCGCGAUCUACUGAGCGCCAGAGUGCUUCCUUCGCCAGCAGCAGUGGCUCCGGCAUGAACGCGUCCGCCUCGCCAAACACGGCCAGGACAUCCCGCUCUACUACCCAGUCGCUUCGCUCCGAGGUCACGGGCGAGACUUCGGCUCGCCCCUCGCUCGAUAUGCAGCAGCCCGCAGCGGCAGUCCCUGAUGCCCACACCACGGCUCAGACGGCUGCCAAGCAGCUCUCUGGCGGCAUCGUAAAUCGUCAGUCGGCCUACAGGGAACAGAGAGCACCGCAAGUCUCGAUCGAGUCGCGCUACAUGGCGCCCGGCUACGACGCCUCGGAUGUGGUCUGCAACUCGGAAGGCCAGAUUACCGGUGCGACGUUGAAAGCGCUCGUCGAAAAGAUGACACCGCACGACACUAUGAUCGAGACCACGUUUUCGAAUGCUUUCUUCUUGUGUUUCAGGAUGUUCACCUCGCCACAAGAGCUGCUGGAAGCGCUGGUCGCGCGAUUCGAAAUGACACCGCCGGUCGAUGUGCCCAUGAGCGAGGCUGACAUUGCCCGCUGGAACGACAAGAAACUGAUCCCUGUUCGCCUGCGCGUGCUCAACAUGCUCAAGAGCUGGCUCGAAAACCACUGGAAUCCAGCCACGGACCGCGUCGUGCUGCAACAGCUUAUCCAGCUGGCCGAGCGUUGGGCUAGCGCAAGCGCCAUCGCUGGACCUGCUCACCGACUGGCCGAGCUGGCACGAAGACGAAUCGACGGAGCCACGCACAAAACGACCGUCUUGGUGGGCAACAGCCGAGGGCCCGGCAGCCUGCAGCGCGUCAUCUCUUCGGAACGCAUGAAAGGGGGAUUGGGUCUCACCAUGACCGACGCCUCGCAGAUGUAUGCGCCGUCGGCCUUCUCGCGAGGAGGUGCACUUCCACCGACUUCGGUGGUGUCCAAGACGCUGCUCUCGAAUUUGCGCAACGGGAACGUGGACAAGAUCCACCUGCUCGACUUUGAUCCUCUCGAGCUGGCACGGCAGCUGACCAUUCUGGAUAGCAAGCUGUACUGCGCCAUCCAACCCGAAGAACUGCUUGGAUCCAAAUUCACCAAGGAGAGCAGGGCGGCGGGCACCACCGAGGAUGUGCACGUCAAGAGUAUGUCGUCCAUGUCGACGAGGAUCACGGGCUGGAUUAGCGAAUGCAUCCUGGGCGAGUCGGAUGCUCGAAAGAGGACGCAGCUGCUCAAGUUUUUCAUCAAGCUGGGUGAUCGUUGCGAGCAGCUGAACAACUUCCACACGCUCAUGGCGAUCCAGUGUGCGCUCAACUCGUCGACGAUCGCACGACUGAAAAAGACGUGGGAUGGCCUGGCAACCAAGUACCGCAGCAUGAUGGACCAGCAGCGUAGCGCGGUGGAGCAUACACGCAAUUACGCCGCCUACCGCGCACGUCUGCGCAACACAACGCCGCCUGCGAUCCCCUUCCUGGGACUGUUCCUGACCGACCUCACAUUCUGCCACGAGGGCAAUGCGGCUACGCGACCGUGCCCGUCGAACCCGGAAAAGAAGCUGCUCAAUUUUGACAAGUACGUCAAGAUCAGCCGCAUCGUAGGCGAGGUACAGCGCUUCCAAGUGCCGUACAACCUGGUCGAGGUGCCCGAGAUGCAACGAUUCCUGCGUAGCGCGCUGGAGGAUGUGCAGGGUGCUCAGGGAGGCCGAGGCGCGGAUGAUCUAUACCGUCGCAGUCUGCUGCUGGAGCCGCGUGCCAGCAACAAGUCCUCGGGCGCGAAUGGUCCGGCAUCGUCGACAGGAAGCCUGGCGAUGCGUCAGAGCAGCAGCGGCGCACCCGCCGAGAAUGGCAAGCUUGCCGGGUUGGAUAUCUUUAAUUGGCGAACCGACAAGGCUUGA